AUGUCUAAUAAAAUGAAAAGUCCUGGUACUCCUAAAAGAUCAAAAGGGAGGGAAUUUAAGCCUCGAGAACCUUACACCCUCCGUUUACGUAAAAUUCUUGAAGAAUAUCCCGAUGGUUCACAAGUUCUUCGUGAAAUUCUCCAAAAUUCUGACGACGCAAAAAGCACUGAACAAGUUUUCAUUUUGGAUCAUAAUACUUAUCCUUCGAAUAGUGUAUUUGAACCGGAUCUGGAGGAUAAUUAUCAAAGAACAAAUUUGAAACUUGAUAGAUAUCAAGGUCCUGCACUAUUAUCAAAAAAUAAUACCAUUUUUGAAGAAAGGGAUUUUCAAUCUCUAUUGAAAUUGGCUAAUAGUGAAAAACGCGAUCAAUUUGAUAAGAUCGGAGUGAUGGGCGUCGGCUUCAAUUCAAUUUAUCAUAUUACGGAUUCUCCUUCUUUCAUUACCGGUGAUAAAUACGUGAUUCUUGAUCCACAUGAAUGGUACUUUGAAGGUGGUGUUCAAUUCGACUUUGUUGAAGAAGAUUUGGCGAAGGAAUAUCCUCAUCAAUUUGCUCCUUUCAGAAUCUCGUGCGAUAAACCAUUUAAAGGCACUUUAUUUCGUUAUCCUCUUCGGACUACUGAAGAUUCUACUGAUUCGAACAUUUCAAAAAAAGUUUAUAAACCUGACGAGAUUUUAGAAAUGUUUAACAAAUUUUACGAGAAUGAAAGUAUUAAUUGCUUACUAUUUCUGAAAUAUAUCGAAUGUAUUUCGUUUUAUGAAUUGAAAGAAGGUGCUACUGAACCUAAUUUACUAUAUACGAUCCGAUUGGAAAAUGCUAACAGAGUUCGAGAGCAACGUCAUUUGAUAGUAAAGAAAAUCGUAUCAAUGAUGGAUUCGUUAAAAUCAAAAAAUCUUUGUAAAGGUAAUCAAUCACAUACAACUUACGUUGCUUCGUUCUCUCGACAGAAAGGCGAUUCUAAGGAGAAUAGAGAGGAUAGCUCGUGGUUGAUUUUGAAUUAUCUCGAUGAUAUAUAUGAAGUUGAAGCAUAUUUCCAAGAGAAAUUCAAUAAGGAUAUAGGAGAAUACAAGUUUAUUCCUAAUGUUGGACUAGCUGUCCCUUUGAAUUGGUUAAACAUUAUGGGAAGAUUAUUUUGCUUCUUACCUCUUCCGGUAUCUAUGCCCUUUCAAGUCUCUGUGAAUGGAUAUUUUGCGGUUAGUACUAAUCGACGUUCUUUAUGGUCAGCAGCAGAUAAUGAAGACCUGGCGGCUGAUGCAUUGGCGCGUCUUAAAGUUACUUGGAACCGUUAUUUAUUUGAAAAUAUUUUACCAAAGGCUUGGGCGGAAUUCCUUCGUGAAAUCCCAUUGAAAGUCACCGAUAUAAAUCCAGAUAAUUUGUAUAGAUUCUGGCCAAUAAUCGAAAGGAAUUCAACAGUUAAUAUAUCUACAUUUUGCAAGGAUCUUUUGCAAAAUGUCAUAAAUUGUCUUGGCGUCGAAGAUCGUGUAUUUAAAGGCCCUUCUUCAUCAAGCCCCAUUGGAAAAGUUGCUAAUAUACCAGCAAAAUCGUAUCUUAAGUCAUCGCUUCAAGAAUUUCAUUGGUUAUCUUUGUCCAAUGGUUAUUUUGAAGAUCCGAGAUCGAAUUACGGUUUAUCUAAAAUACUCGGAAAGAUUGGUUUCCCUGUAAUAUUAGUUUCGCAUGAUAUCAUUAAAGCAUUAAAAGAUUCUAAUCACGAAGGUUCUCUUAGAUAUUUUUCUCCUGCCAUUAUUCGCACUUAUUUAAACCAUAAUCGUAAUAGAUGGAAUGAUACACAAGAUAACGAUACAACCUUGACAAUAUCGAGAAAAGAAAUACUUCAGUUAUUUGGUUACAUAUUAAAAGACAAAAAAUUCAAUGAAUUAGAAGGUUUCAAAAUGAUCCCGCUCGCGGAUGGUACGCUUGGUACUUUAACACUUUCCAGCAAUUCUCAAGUGUACAUUUGUCCACGCGAUGACUACAAAAAUCAUGAACUCGAUAUCUUUAAAGAUCAAUUGGACAAUUUCAUUGACAAAUCAAUUGAUUUCGGAUUAUACCAAAGUUUGUAUGAGUGUGCAAAAGCUGGAUGGAAUCUAAACAUUAAAGUCUUGGACGAAGUUGCUGUUGCAAAUAUGAUUAGAUUCUCAUUGAAAUUGAGUAUCGUUGAUCGUAACUGGAAUUUGAUCGGAAUUAUUAAAAAGUCUUUAUUAAACUCUGAAGAGAUACAAAUGUCUGAUCAUCGUGAAUGGGUUUAUAAGUUAUGGGAUAACUUAAAGUAUAGAAAUUGGGAUUUAACAAAGUUUGAAGAUAUUCCUUUAUUACCGACAAGCCGCUCUACUCUCAGAAAGUUAAAUACUCCUAAAAAAAUCUUUUCUAAUCAAACAAGCAAGAAUAUUUCUACUAAUUUAAGUUCUAUUUUCGAAAAAUUUGGUGCUGUUUUUGUGGAAGAUGAAUUUGACUGUAGUGAAGUUUCUAAAUGGGCCAAGCCUGAUGAUAUUUUAUCAGUUCUAAAUUCUUUACGAACCGAUUCUUCUUACCCAAAAAAUUUGAAUCACGAAUUGAAAAUUCAUGAAGCGUCAACGCUCGUUGAUCACUUAUCAAAUCACUUACGACUUGUCAAUAAGUAUCACUUUAAUUCGAACCAUAUUGAAAUCAUUAAGCAUCUUCCAAUUUUUAUAGAAGUUGAUCAUACUUCUUCAAUCCCAUUAUUACCUGCAAAGAAAAGUUGGCAUCUUCUACCUAAAAGUGAUGAAAAUACAUAUGGAAAAGUUAUUUAUCCAAGCAACAAGGGGGGAUUUCUAAGUACAAGCUCACAAAAUUUAUCUUACAUAUUGGAAGAUAUAAUUAAGAUUCCGCGAUUAAAUUCAUAUGAAUAUUGGAAAGAUUAUGUAAUACCAUUCCUUUAUUUGCAGCAGCAAGCUGACUUAGAUAUAGUAAUUGACAAACUUUUUGAUAAAUUACCUUUCUUACUUGAUCAUGAUUCAAACUUGAAGGAUGUUCUUGGAAGAACUUCUUUUGUACCUGUUGGCACAUUAAAAAUGUCACUUCAGCAGCAAAUGCCUGAUAACAUAAAAUUAGCUAAACCAACAGAAUUAUUUGAUCCAGAAGAAAGGGAAGUAACUGGUCUAUUUUUUGAGGAAGAACAAGUCUUUCCUGCUGGGAAAUAUGGCGUUCCAAAGGCCUCGGCUUCCAACAAGUUCUUUUCGAAUUUAAAAUUAUUAGGGAUGAGAUCAAUUCUUUCUCCAGAUGAUGUUAAUUCUCGAAUCAAUUCUAUUGUCAAAAAAAGGAAGAUACCUGAUGUUCGCGAAGAUUUAAUUCACGCAAAAGCGUUUAAGAUUUUUAAAUAUAUUGAUGACAAGUGGGAUACGUUUGUUAUACAAAAUCGGAAUACUCGUGAGACAAAAGUUAACGAUGCACUGAAGAUUAUUCUAGAAACAGAAUGGAUUCCUACCGUUGACGCUUCUGAGAAGAAAAUUUUCUCAAAGCGUCAAAAUUGUUAUAGUCAAAAAGAUAAAUAUUUAGUUUGUCUGGUUACUCCACUACUUGAAUAUAAGGUUAAGAACAAGAGAUUUUUAAAAUAUUUGAAAUGGGAUACAUAUCCCGAAGUGAAAACGGUGCUAAAGCAGUUGGAGUUUUGUCAAGUUAGUUUGUCUAACAAGCAACCACCUGAGCAUUUGGAAAUGAUUUGUAACGCGAUUUACAAAUAUAUCAAUGAUGCUCUUCGAGCAAACGAUGAGACUUCUAAGAGAGAAUCCGAUUUCAUGAAGAAAUGUUUGAAAAAUCAUCCGUGGAUUUUAUGCAGAAAUACAUUACAUCCAACUGAUAAAGUUGUCUUUAGUCUUCCAAAUGAAUUUCAAAAUAAUAAUUCCUCAUUCGUUGAACUUCCUGAAGGAUAUAAAAGUGAUUUUUGGUACUUAUUCAAAGAAAUGGGAGUUCGAAAUGAGCUUGAAAUCAAGGAUUUGAUUACAAUUAUUAGUAAUAUGGUGAAAGGAAACAUGGAUAGAGAUUUAUCAGCAGACGAAAUUAAAAAGGUCAUUAAAGCUCUUGAACUUAUAUCCAAGCAUCAAAGGAAUUUUAAGAGUAAGAGAGGAGAAAAUCACACAGAAAAUUUGGAUGGAUUAUUAGUUCCAAGCAACGAAAAUAGACUUGUAAGCUGGCAUGAAAUUCAAUAUAAUGAUAUCGGAGAUAGAUUUGACGAAGAAAAUGAAAGCGAAUACAAAAUAACUCACAAACUUGUAACCCAGCACAUGGCAAGAGAUUUAGGAAUUCAACAUUUGAAAGGAAAAUUGUGCGGUAAUUAUUAUAAUCAUAAUCCAUACAUUAUUGAUUAUCCAUUAAGUCAAUUGUUUAAAGAGUUCCUUCAAAAUGCAGAUGAUGCUAAAGCCACACAGUUUUCAGUAACAAUAGAUGAAAGACAAAAAUUCCAGCAUCAUGCUUCUAAUAAAUAUUUAUUGACUGAGGAAAUAGAAGAUUGGCAGGGUCCUGCGAUUUGGAUAUAUAAUGAUGCUAAAUUUACCGAAAAAGACUUUCGAUCUUUGAAAAAUCUUGGAGUUGGAGGAAAAGGUGAUGAUGAUUCCAAAAUUGGAAGGUUUGGACUGGGAUUUAAUUGUGCUUUUCAUCUUACAGAUAUACCUAGCUUUGUAAGUGGGAAACAUAUUGUAUUUAUAGACCCAAGUGCAAAAUAUCUUCCAGCACAAGGGUCUCCUCCUAGAAAGUGUGGUGGCAUGAAAUGUAAUUUUAUUGAAAAGGAAUUUAAGAAAAAUUUUCCAGAUCAAUGUCUUCCUUAUGAGGUUAUGGGUUGUGACUUUUCAGAAGAAUUCAAUGGGACAUUGUUUAGGCUUCCAAUUAGAACUUCUAAGUUGGCAGAGAAAAGUGAAAUUUCAGAUCAACCUGUUGACAUUAAAAAAAUCUUUAAACUACUCAGUGAAGUUCAGAGUAAUAAAGAGAUGCUCUUUUUAAGGAAUAUAGAAUCAUGUAGCUUACAUCACAUAAAAGAACAGGAAAAAAUUCCUCGACCGAUAUGGGAAACUCGAAUUAAUAUGUCACAUGAUGAUCGCAAUAUUCGUAGAAGCGUAAUCGAUAAAAUUCAACUAUAUCAAAUGGAGAUCGAAAUUAACAAAUCACAAAACAAAAAAGCUUCUGAAAUAUGGCUUUUAUGCACGGGAGGAUUUAAUACUAUUAUUAAAUCAGCAUUAUCAGAUUUUUCAAAAAAAAAAAAUUUUAAGCCAAGAGGCGGAGUUGCUUCAUUACUUGCUCAAUCUAAUGAAAAAUCUUUGAACGAACUAAAAGCUGAAUCGUUUCCUAAUCCUCCUGAACUCAAAGGAGAAAUGUUUUCUUACUUAUCUCUAUCGAUAAGUACCAAUCUGGGGGUCCAUUUAAAUGGAAACUUUUCUCUGUCUAGUUCCAGAAGCAAUCUUAUGCAGUCUGAUAAUGAUUUUUUGCUAAAAGAGUGCGAUGAUACAAAAUGGAAUCGAUAUAUUUUCUUUGACAUUUUACCGUCGUUGCAUAUUAGAUUAUUCGAACGUAUUGUAGAGCUUGAAAAAAUUAGACAUGUAAAAGAUAAGGCGGAUUUCAUUCCACAUACUUUAAAAAAUCUGUGGCCGAUCAACGAUAAUGUAACUACGAAUCUGUACAAAAAUUACGGAUCAACUGUCAUUAAAAAAUUAGGUCAUGGUGGUCAUAGAGUAUUCUGGACCGAAGCAAAUGGAGGUAAAUUUGUACCAUUAAAAGAUGGUAAAAUUGAUGAUGGUGAAGAAGAGAUUAUUGCUGAUGUUUUGACUGAUUUGAGAAUUCCGAUUUUGAAACUUGACAAGAACAAAAUUGAGCAUAUUAAAGAUAUUGCAAAACAAAAAAGAUCUCUAGGUUUCGAUUUACCAUUAAUCAACGAACAAAUGAUUUGUGAAGUUUUGCGAGCAAGUCGAGAAAAUGAAUUUAUAUCUUCUUUAGAACGAAAGAUUAAUAAUGAAAAUUCUGAUAACAAAAAGACUCUUCAAGAUUCCAUAUUCAUAUUUCUUCGAUACAUUCUUGGUAAUAAUAAUAUUUCUUUUAAAGAACUUGUUGGGUUACCAUUGGUUCCGUUGAACGAUGGUUCGGUUGGGAAGUUUGGUGAAGUUUAUUACAUUGGGAAACAAAAACAUAUAGACCUAUUUCCAAAUGUUAGGCCAUCUAAAUUUGUUACCGUUAAGUUACCAAAAGAUUUAUUGAAUCUCUUUAAACAGAAUGAAUUUUCUGUAUAUGCAAAUAUUAAAGAGUUUGACGCUGAUGCAAUUUUACAUCUUCUGUCGUUAAUGUUUAAAGAUGAAGAGAGAAAUGAAUUGGAUUACGAUCAUAAUGGAAAAGGUAUAAAUGGCGAAUGGCUAGAGGAAAUUUGGUCAAAAUUAAAGUUCGCUAAAGCUAUCGAUUAUGGGAAACUUUCGAAAUUUCCUAUAUUACCAAUUAUUCAACCUAAGGAGGUGCUUGUUCGACUUGACGGGAAUAAUCCCGUUUUAAAUGUGCCCGAAGGAAGUAUGAUAUAUCCGGUGUUAAAAAAGCUAAAGUUACGAUUCACAAAUAUGAAGUUUACAGAUGCUGCAAAUCCAAAUCUUAAGCAAUGCAUAUUGCAAUGCACUCCAGUGAAUGUUAUUAAUUCCUUGGAAAGGGCUUGUGUUUUAUUGAACUUGACUAUGAAUCGAUUAUUUGAAACUAGUAAUCUUUCACUUAAGGAUUAUGAAAGAUUUAGAUCAUACGUUUAUGAAAAUCACAAAAGUUUAACAAAACAGGGUCAAAAACAAGAAAGGUUUAUGAAAGUCCUUCGUUCUUUGCCGAUAUGGGCGACACAUUCUUACGAUAACAAGUUUAUUGAUGCCGAAUCGGGAUUCCUCCUUCCCAAUACUCUUCCAUUCUUUUCAUUUAAACAAGAUGCUCAUUUUUAUAAAUGUGAUGAACCUGAUUACCAUAGUCUCUUUGGAUUAGGUGUUACCUCCAUAAGUGAAAAACAGUACGUUGAGCUUAUAUUCAUUCACGUAAUUGCACCAUCCCAAGAUUAUAUGUCAACACCACCACACGAAUAUAUAACUACAGAGCCAUCUCAAGAAUAUAUAACUUUCUUGCAGAAAGCUUUAACUUUAGGGAAUUCAGAUAUUGAAAAUUUUUUUGCGCGACGUCCAGUAAUCCCUAAUAAAUCACUAAAAUUGGUGAUGGCAAAUACUUUAUACGACAGUACAGUUCCUUUAUUCUAUCAUGUUUUUAAAGACACCGACAAAUUUCUACCUUCAGUAUUAUGCGGUAAUCAUAGGGUGAUGAUGGCUCUAGAAAGAAUUGGUCUUAAGCUUCAGGUGAAUAGCAAAACAUUCAUUGAAUGCGUACAAGAGAUUAGAUCACAAAUUGACCAACCUACCAGGUUUCCCAUGUCUGUGGUCAAAACCCGAGCAAAGUUUGUAUUGGAAUAUUUAUAUUCGAAUCAUCUGAAUUUCUCAGUCGAUCAAUGGAAUCAAAUCAUGCACAUCAAAUUCAUCCCAUCAGAAUUUCUUCAAAACUCAAGAUUUUAUGAGAAUGCGGUAGAAACUUCGGGAUUUGAAAGUUUUGCAUUGCUUUGCUCUCAAAAAUAUAAGGAAGUGUGUUGGACGCAAAGGCCUUUCUUUGAUAAAAGUGUUGAGCCUACUGAAGCAUUUAUUGACCGUUAUCCUACAAUUGGAAAACCAUUUGUUGAGGAUGUUAUCAAUCAUUGGUUUUUAGUUGUUGAGAAAAUACGCGGACAAAGUAGUUCUUGGAGGUCUUCAGGAAAUUAUCUGGUCAUUAAAGGAAUGAUCAAAAAAAUUUAUGACGAAAUGAACGCAUUUUCGCAAGAAAAAAACCUGAUUCGUCCCAUUUCUGAGAGAAUCAAUACCGAGAGGAAAUUAUUCUUGAAUGGAGAAGAUCUACUCGAUAGAGAAAAUUGGUUAGCAGGAAGAGAGCUUGUAUUUGGAAUAGAAGAAGAUAUUAGAGCAGGAUUGCACAAAGUUAAUGAAUGUUUAAUGCCUUACAAGAACUUAUUGAUACUUGGUGGAGUUCAAAAGUUGGAAGAGUUGGAUGAAUUAGACGAGAAUGAAAUGAAUGGAGGAGAUGGAAAACACGAUCAAAAGGAGCAUUUAUUUAAAAACCUAAUGGACAAACUCAAAAGUCAUCCUGAUACACGACACCAUGACGUGAUUUUUAUCAUCGGUGAAAAUUCAACGAAGAUUGGCGCUAAUCGUUACGUGCUUUCUGGUAAACCACUUAAAGAUAUAGUAGAAUUUAUAAUUAUGAAGGAGAAGGAAUACAUUAAUGUCAAUAAUGUAUGUGAAAUCUUAGAAUGGGCAAAGGAUUGUAAUGCCUUAAAACUAAAAGAACGCUGUGAAAAAUAUAUAAAUAAAAAUAGGAGUAUAAUUUUUGAGAGUAGAUGGGAAAAUAUUAGAACAGUAGAGAACGAAGAAGAUAGAUCAAAUGAAACCCAAAUGUUAGAUUUAUUACUUAAUAAUUAG